ACAAGGAACGAGAAAAAACAUCCUUCUUCAAGGUUUAGUUUUUUGUGAUGAAAUAUCAGAAUUACUUGACUGGCAAACUGGAAAAUUUAAUAAAUACAACUAAAAAUUUUAAAAAUGGAGAAGUCUACAUUUUGAAUGAUGGCUGUCUUUCCAUUUGUGUAUUAGGCAAAUUUGUUUUUAAAUGUGAACUUACUUGAAUUCCCCACCCACCCACCUACCAUAAAAGGCCACUAACUUGUUCCAGGAGGGGUCCUCUGAUCGUGCCCAGUUUCAGAAUGAUGCCUGGGAGCUGGGAAAAUAUUGUGAGCCAUAGUUUACUUUUACAUUUCCAGCUAGGGAUAAUUCACAGAAUCCAAUCAUUGUGAGAUUCCAGAAAAGCGAUAGACACCUUCUUUCUUCUUAGUGAGAAACUAAUAUGGUAGCCCUGAAGAAGAAUGCAGAUCAUAUUUUUUAAAGUGCUAAUCCAAAGCACAAAUGACGUGACCAAGCUUCCUCAUGGUAAUGGCAGCAUUUCUGCUAUCUUUCCUUAAGCUUUAUGAAAUAUUUCCAUGGCUCAUGAAACAUCUCCCAGGGCCCCACAAGAAGGCCUUGUCCUGCUCAGAGAUGGUGCUUUCAUUUGCAAAGGAGGAGAUAGAGAAGCAUAAGGAGAAUCAGUCUCUGCAUGAUCCACAGGAUCUCAUUGAUUUCUAUCUACUUCAGAUGGAGAAAAGCAAGAAUGACCCAGAGUCCACCUAUGAUGAAGAAAACUUGGCCCAGUGCAUUUUUGACCUCUUUGCAGCAGGGACAGAGUCAACCAGCGGUUCUCUGAAAUGGGCACUUCUCCUCCUGGCAAGUCAUCCAGAUAUCCAAGAUAAAAUGCACAAGGAAAUAGAAGAUGUCAUAGGUUCUGCUCACUCAAUCUGCUAUCAAGAUAAGAAGAAACUGCCCUACACGAAUGCUGUGAUUCAUGAAAUGCAGCGCUUUAAAUAUGUCCUUUUUUAUGGGUUACCUAGGCAAUGUAAAAAGGAUUUCAAGCUGCGUGGUUUUCUCAUUCCCAAGGGGACUAUUAUUCUUCCCGAUCAACGCUCUGUUCUUCUUGAUCCCACACGAUGGGAGACACCUGCAGAGUUCAACCCAAAUCAUUUCUUGGACAAGGAUGGCCAAUUCGUGAACAGAGAAGAAUAUCUGCCAUUUGGUGCAGGGUCUCGCAUAUGUUUGGGAAUGCAGCUGGCAAAGAUCGAAAUCUUCAUCUUCCUCACCAGCCUGCUGAGGGCAUUCAGCUUCCAGCUACCAGAAGGAGUCAAAGAACUCAGUCAAGAGGCUACAAUAGGGGUUACAGCACAUCCCCAUCCUUAUAAACUCUGUGCUGUUCCCCGUUGCAACACAUAAGAAAAUAGGAAAAUAUUAGGGGCUGCACCCCUGCUUCCUGCACUCGGUGACCCCUUGGCCACUCCUGACACAUGAACCCCCUAGCAUUUCCCCUUCUCUUCCCAUCUCAUCCCAUGCAACUACUGAGGUCUCUUUUCACCUUCGCAGCUCCAUUUCUGAAGCCACUUCUCUCUU